AUGCAAUCCAACUUCAAUUCAUUUAUUGGUAUACGUACGCUAGCUUCACUAACUUAAAAGAAGCAAAGCUAAGCAAAACAAGAAGGGAAACAAAUGGCAAAGUGGUCAUCAUCCUCAACAUCUAGGACAAAUGGGAAACAAGAGAAGAAUGGGAAGAAACUUCAGAUAGUGAUAGAAAAGCUCCAAAGGAGUCUUCUUCUAAGGAAGCGGUCACCACCAGCGUUGCCACGCCUCCGUCCUCUCGACGGGUCGGAGAGCUCGAGAGGCGUGCCUGAUGACGUUAAAGAAGGGCAUUUUGUGGUAAUGGCAAUCGGUGAUGACGAGAAGCUAAAGAGGUUCGUGGUUCCAUUGAGUUGUCUAACGCACCCAUCGUUCGUUAGGCUAUUGGAUCAAGCCGCGGAGGAGUAUGGGUUCGAGCAUGAAGGGGCUAUCGUUGUGCCUUGUAAGCCAAGCGAGCUAGAGAAGAUUAUUCAAGAUCAUCAAUGGCUGGAAAAGCUCUUAGCUCUUAACUAGCUAUUACAACUAUUGGAUUAAUUAAGCUAGGAUAGCAUUUGAGAGAUUCAACAUUUGAUCCGAUCCGUGACGAUGUUUUUUUUCAAAUUACGAAAUGUGUAACGUAAUUUGUUUCGGAUUUAGGGUUUUUGCCAUUCACUCCACUAUUUAUUUGUGCUACCGAAUAUUUAAAUCAAUAAAGAAAUUAUUCAUCAAUUCAAGCUCUACCUUUAUGUUUGUCUUUGUUUUUGUAAUGCGUGUAGACGUUAUAAUAAUCUCUUGAUGUCCG